AUGGCGGUGCACCGACGGCUGGCAGAGCGACAAUCAUCCAGCCCCGUCUCCGCUUCCCGCCACGUUCCCGGACUGGAUGUUGUUAAAUGCGAUGAGGUUCAUCCACAAUGCAAUCAAUGCGCACGGCUUGGCCAUGUUUGUGACUAUCAGCCGCGAUUGUGUUUCAGAGACGACACUCGUCGGGUUAUGGAGCGCAUGGCCGACGUCAAGACUAAAGGAAAUGUUGUUUGGGACCCAGCCAAAACAUCGCACAGGAGAGAGCACAUCGCGGCUUCGGAAUCGUUCCCUUACGAUCUACUUCCCGAUUUCUCGAGGCUCAAAUCAGACGAAGACCGGGAGAAAAAAGCACAGGGAUCAGCGCCAGGGACGUAUCAUGUUGUUGUGGUACCAGAAAGCUUUGCGCGCCUCCCGGAAUACUCAGAGGAUACCCUUGAAACUGUGCCUAGCAACCCGUACUCGAGUCCGCUCUCCGAGUACAGUAGCUACGAUCCCAUGGACGACGUCACUACGUCUGAGGACCCCAAUGUGGUGUUCCUCAAUCAAUUCAGAGAUUCCAGAAAGCAAGCAUAUCACAGCCGUCGGAGCUAUACGCAGUCUCCGGAGUCUGACCUACCAUCCGUCCCAAACACGAUGAUGUAUACUCCUUUGCAGGAUAUCUCAGAGGAUCAGGUAUCUGAGUCCGUCGAUCCUGAAACUUACGACAUGGCGCUUCUUGAUCAAUUCCAGAAUAUUGUGUGGAUGCAAUUGAUCCCUGGGGGCCACGGCUACUUGGAGGCGAACAUGUUUGAGCAAGAGGCUUCCAAUUUCCCUCCAGUGGGUGGUGCCGAGUGCUUUGCUUGGGUUGCAUGA